AUGUGUUUCAAAAAUCUUUUUUUAUUAUCUGUACUAAUCCUUGGAUUCUUCCAAGCUGUAUAUGGGCAGGCUAAAAUUGUCAACGGAGAGCCAACAACUAUUGCAGACUGCCCAUCCUGUGUAUAUUUAGCAGACAAAUCUGGUAAGUUACUUUGCGGUGCUACAAUGAUUCAUAAGCAAUUCUGCACUUCUGCCGCCACCUGUACUAAGCCACACACCGCUGCUCAACUGGACGUUCAUGGUGCUAAAACUUAUCAGCGUGAAACUGGCGAAGUUAUUCCAGUUCAUAAAAUGAUUUAUUCCAGCAACUUUGACCAGGAGACCUACAACUUUGAUAUAGCUUUGGUAAGAUUAAGUAAACCAUUCACCUCGGCUUUAGUUGUGCCAGCUGUUAGAUGUACUUCACCUCCUCAAGUUUAUGAUGUAAUGACACAGUACGGUUGGGGACAAAUAAGUGAGAAUGGACUAAAUUCAAAUGUUUUACGCAAAACUAAUCUCGGGGCAAUGAAAAAAGAAGAUUGUUUGACUUAUAUUGCGCCACUAACUGGAACUCAAUACUGUACGAUCAACUCCAAUUCAGGUGGUUGUAAAAAUGAUUAUGGUUCCGGUACUUAUAACGACAAAGGUGAAUACUGUGGUCAUUUAAGUUGGACUUAUGGCUGUGGUAGAGAUUAUCCAAAUCUUCACUGUAGUGCUAUUGCCGUUGCUAACUUCAUUGAUACUGGCAUCUCCAGAAAUUUGUAG